UUUGCCCUCUUCAUUCUUGACUUCAGUUAUGCACAAACAAACCCUUCCCCUAAAAUAAAAUUCAUUUUUAUUAAUCCUCUUGGGCCAAUCCAUGGCUUCUCUUCUUCCAUCUUUCUCUAUGGUUUCAUUUUCAUCCCACAAUCUUAAACCAUCAGUAGUGACUUCACUUAAUUUACUGCCACUAAACACUAGACCACAAUGCCCUCCUGCUGCAAUUUAUUAUAAUAAUAAAAAUGUUGGAGCUCUUCGCAAUGUUAUCACUUGUUCAUCUAUGUCAGCUCCUGCACAGCAAGUACCGGCCUCGCCAUCACAGCUCCGCCCUGAUGAGCUUGCUGCUUCCAUUUUCUCCAAGGUUAUGCAAACAGAUCGAGGAGCAACAUUGACACGGGAACAACAUCUUCAAGUAGCUGAAUUGACUGGUGAAUUGAGUAAAUAUUGUAUCGAUUCACCUGUAACUUGCCCUCUUAUUUUUGGAGACUGGGAUGUGGUGUAUUGCUCAAAUCCUACAUCGCCUGGUGGGGGUUUCAGGAGUGGACUUGGCCGCAUUGUUUUUAGAACAAAGGAAAUGAUUCAAGUUGUUGAGGCUCCUGAUACUGUAAGAAACAAAGUAUCCUUCUCUGCUCUUGGUUUCAUUGACGGAGAAGUCUCUUUGAAAGGCAAACUGAUAGUUCUAGACGAGAAAUGGAUUAAGGUGGUGUUUGAGCCACCUGAACUUAAGCUUGGAUCGGUAGAGUUUCAGUUUGGUGGUGAAAGUGAGGUUCAGCUCGAGAUUACAUAUAUUGACGAAAAAUUGAGGUUAGGGAAGGGUUCUAGAGGGUCGGUGUUUGUUUUCCAAAGGCGAAAAUAGGUUAUUCAAUUGUCAAGUCGAUCUUUAUGCAUGUCUAGAUGUCUUCAACCUAUACCUUUUUGUUAUGAUUCAUGUAAGUUGUAUUGUAUACUGUAUAUAACAAUAAAUAAAAUGAAGCAUUCACCUCGUUUGAUUA